AGCAUCUCUCUUGUUUCAGUACGUUUGCUUCUGAGGAUCUCCAGUGGCAUAACAAAUGCAUGCCAGCCCUGUUUUACAGGGAGCCCUGGAGGUGUUGGGAUAGAGGCCACAUUGAACUGAGGGUAGUUGCCAAGGUCCUGCAGUUAGACACAAAGGAUAAGACCAUGGCCCUGAGAGCAUGUGGCUUGAUCAUCUUCCGAAGAUGCCUCAUUCCCAAAGUGGACAACAAUACAAUUGAGUUUUUACUGCUGCAGGCAUCAGAUGGCAUUCAUCACUGGACUCCUCCCAAAGGCCAUGUGGAACCAGGAGAGGAUGACUUGGAAACAGCCCUGAGGGAGACUCGAGAGGAAGCGGGCAUAGAAGCAGGCCAGCUGACCAUCAUUGAGGGGUUCAAAAGAGAACUCAAUUAUGUGGCCAGGAACAAGCCUAAAACAGUCAUUUACUGGCUGGCAGAGGUGAAGGACUAUGAUGUGGAGAUCCGCCUCUCCCAUGAGCACCAAGCCUACUGCUGGCUGGGGCUGGAGGAGGCCUGCCAGUUGGCUCAGUUCAAGGAGAUGAAGGCAGCACUCCAAGAAGGACACCAGUUUCUUUGCUCCACAGAGGCCUGAGCUGACUGGAGCAGAGUCAUUUGCUUCAGUAGGAUCCUUGUGGGCCUUCUAAGAUGAAGCCACCCUCAGGUCCAGGGAAGGUUGUGCUAGUAUUUGGCUCAUCACAGCCAAGAGCAGAUAGAUUCGUGAAAUCGGCUCAACUCCCAGAUGAGAGCAUGCAAAAAUCUUGGCUGGGUGGAAAGGAAGGCAAAGAAUAAAAAUAAAAAAGGCCAGGCCCAGUAAGUGUACCUUGUAUUUUAUAAAUAAACUGCAAGCAGCUCAAGGUUGUCCUUCUAA